AUGUUAAGGCAUCAACUUCUUAGAGUUUUGUUUAUUGGCGUUAUGUCUAUUCAGCGGGACUCAUACAAUAAAACUAAACUGAACCAGAUAGUCCAGCAAUUUUUUUCUAAAGCUGCACAAAUCAUUAUACAAUCUAGAAUUUUAGUUACGCCUUUAUAUGUCAAGGGAACUGCAACACCUAAACUUAACAGAUGGUUUAAUCUGGAAUUAGAAGAAACAGAAACGUUUCGUGAAGAUCUUCGACUAUGGAAAUCAGCCGACCCCCAAGAAGCAGUAAUUCCACCAUUAGUCGUUGAGACUUAUUUAGACUUAAGAGAUCUUUCAGCUAAUCAGACUCUUAUUUUGAUCGACUCUAAAGGUAAGUCUUGGACAGUAACUAAGGGGACUAAACGAACAGAGAUUGUGCUUGAACGAUGGAUUAUCGAAAACACAGAAAGCUUAAAGUCCGACCAAAAUCAGGAAUUACCAACGAUUUAUAAAUAUGUUAUUAUUCUUAUGCGAUCCCUUUACACUUACACGCGACUCAUGCCCUCAUGGAAUCUCAAGAAUAAGCUAUCGUCAAAACCUGGAAAUACGCUUCUUAGUGUUGGUUGCAGGAUCUUGAAUGGUUCUCAUGUCAUUUCCAGUAAGGGGAGAAUAGGUUUAAACAGACGCAUAAAAGACGCAGACUCUUUAGAAGUAAAUAGUUUUUCUUUUGAUGUAAUUCCGACUCCUUUAGGGACUUUGAAAGUCUCAGUCAGCUAUCGAUCUGAAUGUGAUUUUUUCGUUAAAAAUUCUAGCGUCCCAACGAUACCACAAAAUAUAUCUACCUCUCAAUCUGAUGUCAACACAGGGUUAAACAUAAACACAACGUUUCAUUUAGAGUCAGAAAACAUCCUAAAUAUGGAACCUUCUACAGCAUAUACAUCUAAGAACGAUUCGAAACCAACAACAAUAAUUAACAAAUCAUCAGCUUCUUCUUUGACUCAAGGAUCAUUACCCUCCCCUUCAAGGUCAAGUAUUGAAGGAAAUAGUUAUAUGAUGUCACGGCAUAAUGUUUACAAAAAUCACAGUAAAAAUUACUCCGCUGAUUUUACAGACAAUAUCCAAAACUUUAGUGGAUCGUACAACACCUCAGGUGAUCAGUAUUUAACUCGUGAUCGUCGGUUAUCAUCUGUAUCUUUACGAGAUGGUCUUGUCAGCUCUGGUGGUACAGGAUCAACCACGAUACAACCAAGCAUUUCGGGAACCAGCCCAUCGGCAAAUGUAUCUUCUCCAUCAGUAAGCUCCCCAAUUGCUACUAAGCCAUCAGUGUCAUUUGUUCAACCUUUUAAGACUCCGUCAUUAUCAGCAUCUCCAUCUUCAAAUGAUAUUCCAUUUCAAUCUUCCAGUACCCCCUCUUCACGUCCUCAAUCAUUUUCUCGAACAACAUCAAAUAGCUCCUUAGCUGCACUUGCAGCUUUACGAAAUCCAAAUAGAACUUCUUCCAAUGCUUCUAAUACCUCUGUGGGUUCUUAUAUUAAAAAUGCUGCUAAUAUGCAUCAAACUUAUUUAAACGAAAAUGCUAUUUCAUCUUCUGCAAGUAGCUCUAGGUCAGGUUCAGUAUCCCGAUAUAGCAGCUCUUUUGGUUCAAGGGCAGGACAGUGGACUAGAACCGGGUCAAUCUCAGGAAAUCGUCCUAAACCUAUGUUUUCAGGUGAUCCUUCAAGUUUUGGAUCAUCUACGUCAUCAGUAACUGAACCCGGAUCUGGAUUUUUAAUGAACGAUGAUGACGAUGAUUUGGGGACAUUUUUAAAGACAAUUGAUGCUAUUUCAUAUGCACGAAACAAUAACUCAUCAGUUAUCCUACCUGGUUCUGCUAGUAAUAACUCAUCUUUACUAAUGUCGCAAUCUCGUUUUGAUGCUAAUCUACCUGGUCCAUCAGCAGCUACCGAAAAUAGCAGUAUUGGUGAAAUCAACUUAACUGUAGGCGAUCAAUCCGACGAUCCUUUGUCUCGAUUCCGGCAUUUGAGAGAAAGUCAUACCGCCUUAUCUGACUCUAUGCAUUCAAGUCAAAUAAGUAAAUCAGAUGGUUCUCCUUUAGGUGGAAGCUCGGGACAAAAUAUUACACCCGGAAGUGCUGGUAGUGGAAGUGCAAGUCCCAGUCAAGCUGUUUUCACCUUUGCUAUGUCACCGCCUUCAAUCCAAAAAACAGGCUCAUCUCAUACGCCAUCAAUUCCUUCACGAUUAAGUGAACAGUAUACUCCGGAUGAUUCUUACAAGGUUCGCUACAAUAUUCACCCACGAAAGCACGGGUCUAGAUCAGGAAGUUUAGCGAUUGAUGAAGAAAUGUAUAUUCAUGGUGACCAUGGGAGUAGUAUUUCGUCUAGCAAAGAUGAACAGAAUAUAUCAUCUUCUGCUCGAACUGGUGCUUUGGAUAUUCCUCGUACACAUGCUUCUCGUGUGCAAAGACGUGAAUCAUUAAGUUUUUCCAACAGGCAUACAUCUGGUUACAAGGAUAUGCAAGAUGCUUUGGUCGUAAAUAAUUCGAACACACAUCACCAAUCCUUGAAUACAUUUGGACAGGCACUCCCUGAUGUUGAUCCUUCAAACUUUCGAACCAAUAUAACUGUUCCUUCUUCAGCAUUUUCGUCGCAUAGACGUUACUCCACUGAUGUUCUAGGGUCGGAGGAGCAUAUUUCUUCCUUCAAUCCCUCCCAAUCUCAUGGAAGUUCUGGUGACGCGUCUUUCGCUAAUAGCGAAAGUAGAAAGCUAUCACCAUUUAUCUCCAAUAGUAACUCCAAUAAUCACUCUGGAAAUGAUGAUUCCAAUAGUAGUGCCAACGCCGGGAAUAUUCACCAUCAACUUGAGAGCCUCCCGGGAAAUUUCCGACAACAAGUAUCGCUUACUGGGGGUGAAAGUCUCAUUCACAAUCAUCAUUUAGGGCAACAUCACCAUCAUAUAGUUCCUUCUUCUUCGUCAGUCAGAUCACGCAGAUUUUCUUAUUAUCUUCCUGACGAUGGUGAAGAUGAUGACGAUGAGGAGGAGGUUGAUGAUAGGGAACGAAAAACAAGUCCUGGUACACAUGCUGCAGAAUCAUUACCCCCUAUGGAUGAAGACGUUUUCUUUUUUGCUUUAAAUGACGAUGAAGAGCCUGCUAAGGGCUCAUCAAGUGUGGGUUUGGGUGGUAGUGGAACUGGAGGGGCUAAUACUGGUAGUGGGACCGGGUCGCCUUCAGGAGGAGGUCGUUUCAAUCAUUCCUAUGAUUCUCUUGCGUGGGAAUAA